AGGGCGGGCGGACUCGCUGCCUUCCUCCCUUUCUCUCUCUCUCCCCCCCUCCCUCCUCUCUCCCCCCCUGCCCCCUCUCCCUUCCUUAUCAGCAAUUCAGAUUGCAUGCAAAUCUGCGGGCUUUCUUACAGGGGCAAGGCAGAGAGGACCGAGCGCUGCUCGCCGGCCGCGGCUUCACGGAGAGAUAUCUCCUCCUCCUCCUCCUCCUCCUCCUCCUCCUCCUCCUGGGAUUUUCCUCCUUCUCCCCUCCCCUGCUCUCCCCUCCCCUCGCUGCCUCCCUCCCUCCUCUCUUUCUUUCCUCCUUUUCACCUCCUCGAACAAAAGUAGCCCUUCUCCCUGCGCCUGCGAGCGGGGCCGCUUUGUCUGCCCGCGCCGUCGGGGGACCGGGACCGGGCCGGCAGCGGGACCGGACCGGGGCCAUGGGGGCACAGCGGGCGGACGGUGCCCGGGCGCUGCUGGCGCUGCUGGGACUGGGAUUAGGACUGGGACUGGCGACCUGCCCCGAGCGGGAGCUGGAGCGGAGGGAGGAGGAGGCCAACGUGGUGCUGACGGGCACGGUGGAGGAGAUCAUGAACGUGGAUCCGGUCCACCACACCUACUCCUGCAAGGUGAGAGUCUGGCGCUACCUGAAGGGCAAGGACAUCGUCACCCACGAGAUCCUGCUGGACGGGGGGAACAAGGUGGUCAUUGGUGGCUUCGGGGACCCGCUGAUCUGCGACAACCAGGUGUCCACGGGGGACACGCGCAUCUUCUUCGUCAACCCCGCCCCGCAGUACCUGUGGCCCGCGCACCGCAACGAGCUCAUGCUCAACUCCAGCCUCAUGAGGAUCACCCUGCGCAACCUGGAGGAGGUGGAGCACUGCGUGGAAGAACAUAGGAAGCUUCUUGCUGACAAGCCCAACAGUUACUUCACUCAGACGCCGCCGACGCCGCGGGAUGUGUGCCGGGGGAUGCUGUGCGGGUUCGGGGCUGUGUGUGAGAGGAGCUCCACCGACCCCUCCCAGGCCUCCUGUGUCUGCAAGAAAACAGCCUGUCCUGUCGUGGUGGCCCCCGUCUGUGGCUCGGAUUACUCCACCUACAGCAACGAGUGUGAGCUGGAGAAGGCUCAGUGCAACCAGCAGAGGAGGAUCAAGGUCAUCAGCAAGGGGCCGUGUGGCUCCAAGGACCCCUGUGCAGAGGUGACCUGCAGUUUUGGCAGCACCUGUGUCCGUUCCACCGAUGGCCAGUCGGCCAAGUGCGUGUGUCCGUCCUCCUGCAGCGGCGUUCCCGAGAAUCCCGUGUGCGGCAGCGACGGCCGCGACUAUCGCAGCGAGUGCGACCUCAACAAGCACGCCUGUGACAAGCAGGAGAACGUUUUCAAGAAGUUUGAUGGCCUCUGUGACCCCUGCAAAGGCGUCCUCAACGACAUGAACCGCGUGUGCCGGGUGAACCCCCGCACCCGGCGGGCGGAGCUGCUGCCGCGCCCCGAGGGCUGCCCGCCCCGGAGGGAGCCCGUGUGCGGGGACGACGGCGUCACCUACGAGAACGAGUGCGUGAUGGGGCGCUCGGGGGCCAUCCGGGGCCUGGAGAUCCAGAAGGUGCGUUCAGGGCAGUGCCAGCAGCAGGACAAGUGCAGGGACGAGUGCAAGUUCAACGGGGUGUGCCUGAACCGCCGCGGCUCCGCGCGCUGCUCCUGCGACCGCAUCGCCUGCGACGGCGCCUUCCGGCCCGUCUGCGCCCGCGACAGCCGCACCUACGGCAACGACUGCGAGCGCCAGAAGGCAGAGUGCCACCAGAAGGCCGCCAUCCCCGUCAAGCACAGCGGACCCUGUGACCUGGGCACACCCAGCCCCUGCCUGAGCGUGGAGUGCACCUUUGGGGCCACGUGUGUGGUGAAGAACCAGGAGCCCGUGUGUGAGUGCCAGCAGGUUUGCCAGGGCCGCUACGACCCCGUGUGUGGCACCGACAACCGCACCUAUGGCAACCCCUGCGAGCUGGACUCCAUGGCCUGCGUCCUCAAGAGGGACAUCAGGGUGAAGCACAAGGGGCCCUGUGACCCCUGCGGGAAGUGCCAGUUCGGGGCCAUCUGCGAGGCGGAGACGGGGCGCUGCGUGUGCCCCACGGAGUGCGUGCCCUCGGCCCAGCCCGUCUGCGGCUCCGACGGCCGCACCUACGGCAGCGAGUGCGAGCUGCACGUCCGCGCCUGCACCCAGCAGACCAACAUCCUGGUGGCCGCCCAGGGAGACUGCAAGUCGUGUGGCAGCACGGUGUGCUCCUUUGGCAGCCGCUGCGUGGGUGGGCAGUGCGUGUGCCCGCGCUGCGAGCGCCAGCCCCCGGCCCCGGUGUGCGGCACCGACGGGCUCACCUACGACAACCAGUGCGAGCUGCACGUGGCCUCCUGCCAGCAGAAGAAGAGCAUCGAGGUGGCCAGGACGGGGCCCUGUGAGGAUGAGUGUGGCUCAGGGGGCUCUGGCUCCGGGGAUGGCAGCGAGUGUGAGCAGGACCGGUGCCGGCAGUUCGGGGGCUGGUGGGACGAGGACGCCGAGGACGAUCGCUGUGUGUGUGACUUCACCUGCCUGGCCGUGCCCCGCAGCCCGGUUUGUGGCUCCGAUGGUGUCACCUACGCCAACGAGUGUGAGCUGAAGAAGACACGGUGUGAGAAGCGCCAGGAUCUCUAUGUCACUGGCCAAGGAGCCUGCCGUGCCCUUGCCACAACCCCACCACCCCUCCUGGUCGUGCACUGCAGCCAGACCAUCUACGGCUGCUGCCCAGACAACGUGACCCUGGCGCUGGGAGUGGGAGCAGCAGGAUGUCCAAGCACGUGCCAGUGCAACCCCUACGGCUCCUACGGGGGGUCCUGUGACCCCGGGACGGGGCAGUGCUCCUGCAAGCCCGGCGUGGGGGGGCUCAAGUGCGACCGCUGCGAGCCGGGCUUCUGGAACUUCCGCGGCAUCGUCACCGACAGCAAGAGCGGCUGCACCCGUGAGUGGGGCAGGGUUAGGGCAGCACCUGGGGCAGGGGUGGGGAGUCAGCACCCCUCAUCCUGCUGCUCCCACGGGCACGGCCCCACGGCCUGCUCGGGGCGGGUGUCAGGAGGGGAGGUCUUACUGCUGCUGGUGAACGCUCCUCUUGGUGCCCCUGCAGGGGAAGAGGAGGUGGAGGAAGGCCAGGUGACGUCCACCCCGGCCGUGGAGAGGGCCACGUGUUACAACGCCCCGCUGGGAUGCUGCUCCGACGGCAAGACCGCGGCUGCCGACGCCGAGGGCAGCAACUGCCCAGCUACCAAAGUCUUCCAAGGAGUCCUCAUCCUGGAGGAGGUGGAAGGCCAGGAGCUGUUCUACACCCCGGAGAUGGCUGACCCCAAGUCGGAGCUGUUUGGGGAGACGGCGCGGAGCAUCGAGAGCGCGCUGGACGAGCUUUUCCGCAGCUCUGAUGUCAAGAAGGAUUUCAAGAGCAUCCGUGUGCGGGACCUGGGGCAGAGCAGCGCCGUCCGUGUCUUCGUGGAGUCUCACUUUGACCCAGCCACGUCCUACACGGCAGCUGAUAUCCAGGCGGCCCUGCUGAAGCAGAUCAAAGCUUCCAAGAAGAAGACCAUCCUGGUGAAGAAGCCCCAGCAGGAGCAUGUCAAAUUCAUGGAUUUUGACUGGAUCCCCAGGCUCUUCACCACCACCAUCACCACCACCACGGCCACCACCAUGGCCCCGGCCACCACCCGCCGGGCCACCACGGCCGCCGCCGCCACCGUCACCGCGGCCCGCGGGCAACGCCCCGGCGGCACCGGGAGCACCAGGAGGCCCAGCCCUCCCACCCUCCUGCCGGCCGCCAGCACCCGCAGGAAGCCCACCCGGCAGCCCCCCGCCACCAGGAGACCCCCCCGGCCCUGCGACUCCCACCCCUGCCUGCACGGGGGCACGUGUGAGGACGACGGCGAGGAGUUCACCUGCAGCUGCCCCGCGGGCAAGGGAGGGGCCGUCUGUGAGAAAACUAUCAGGUACUUCAUCCCCAGCUUCGGGGGCAAGUCCUACCUGGCCUUCAAGAUGAUGAAGGCGUAUCACACGGUGCGCAUCGCCAUGGAGUUCCGCACCCUGGAGCUCGGGGGGCUGCUGCUCUACAACGGCCAGAACCGGGGCAAGGACUUCAUCUCCCUGGCCCUGGUGGGCGGCUUCGUGGAGCUCAGGUUCAACACGGGCUCUGGCACGGGCGUCAUCACCAGCAAGGUCCGUGUGGAGCCUGGCAAGUGGCACCAGCUGGUGGUGAACAGGAACCGGCGCAGUGGGAUGCUCUCCGUGGACGGGGAGCCCCAUGUGAGCGGGGAGAGCCCCCCGGGCACCGAUGGGCUCAACCUGGACACGGAUCUGUUCAUCGGGGGAGCGCCUGAUGACCAGAUGGCCGUGGUGGCAGAUCACACCACGGCCACCGCGGGGCUCAAGGGCUGCAUCCGCCUCCUGGACGUGAACAACCAGAUGUACGACCUGCGGGAGAAGGGCAGCGACGUCCUCUACGGCAGCGGGGUGGGCGAGUGUGGCAACGACCCCUGCCACCCCAACCCCUGCCACCACGGGGGCAUCUGCCACGUCAAGGAGGCAGAGAUGUUCCACUGCGAGUGCCUCCACACCUACACCGGGCCCACGUGCGCCGACGAGAGGAACCCCUGCGAGCCCUCGCCCUGCCACGUCUCUGCCACCUGCCUGGUGCUGCCCGAGGGGGGUGCCCUGUGUGCCUGCCCCAUGGGCCGGGAAGGAGACUUCUGCGAGCGAGUGACAGAGCAGGACCACACCAUGCCCUUCCUCCCAGAGUUCAAUGGCUUCUCCUACCUGGAGCUGAACGGGCUGCAGACCUUCGUUCCUGACCUGCAGGAGAAAAUGUCCAUGGAAGUUGUGUUCCUGGCCAAGAACCCCAGCGGAAUGAUCUUCUACAACGGCCAGAAGACGGAUGGCAAAGGGGACUUCGUGUCCCUGGCCUUGCACGACGGGUACCUGGAGUACAGAUACGACCUGGGCAAGGGGGCAGCCGUGCUCAGGAGCAAAGAGCCGGUUCCCCUCAACACCUGGACGAGUGUCCUGCUGGAGAGGAACGGGCGCAAGGGGGUCAUGAGGAUCAACAACGGCGAGAGGGUGAUGGGGGAGUCACCGAAAUCCCGUAAGGUGCCUCACACCUACCUGAACCUGAAGGAGCCGUUUUACGUUGGAGGAGCCCCUGAUUUCAGCAAGCUGGCUCGAGCAGCUGCCAUCUCCACCAGCUUCGAGGGGGCUGUGCAGAGGAUCUCCAUCAAGGGGGAUCCCGUGCUGACGGAGCAGAACAUCCGCAGCGCCAUCGAGAUCUCGCCGUUCCGGGGCCACCCCUGCACCCAGAAACCCAACCCCUGCCAGAACGGGGGCACCUGCAGCCCCAGGCUGGAGAGCUACGAGUGUGCCUGCCAGAGGGGCUUCCACGGGGCCCACUGUGAGAAAGUGAUCAUCGAGAAGGCUGCUGGGGAUGCAGAGGCCAUUGCCUUUGAUGGCAGGACAUACAUGGAGUACCACAACGCUGUCACCAAGAGCCACCUGGGCAAUGAGAUCCCUGCUCCUGAGGCGCUGGACUAUCCCGUGGAGCCCAGUGAGAAGGCCCUGCAGUCCAACCACUUUGAGCUGAGCAUCAAAACAGAGGCCACCCAGGGGCUGAUCCUGUGGAGCGGGAAGGGGCUGGAGCGCUCGGACUACAUCGCCCUGGCCAUCGUGGAUGGCUUCGUGCAGAUGACCUACGACCUGGGCUCCAAGCCAGUCGUCCUCAGAUCCACGGUCCCAGUCAACACCAACCAGUGGAUCCACAUCAAAGCCUACAGGGUACAGAGGGAAGGUUCCCUCCAGGUUGGGAACGAAGCUCCCAUCGCUGGUUCUUCUCCUCUUGGUGCAACCCAGCUGGACACAGACGGGGCCCUGUGGCUGGGGGGGCUGGAGAAGCUGAGUGUGGCUCACAAGCUGCCCAAGGCCUACAGCACCGGCUUCGUUGGCUGCAUACGGGAUGUCCUUGUGGACCGCCAAGAACUGCACCUGGUGGAGGACGCUUUAAACAACCCCAGGAUAUUACACUGCUCGGCCAAAUAGACCCCCCCAGAGACCCUCCCUCCUCCUUCCCUCCCUCCUGCCUAUUGCUGUAAUUAUUUUCUAUUUUUGUAAACUUAUUGCUUUUUAUAUUUUUGGGGAGGGAGGAGGGAGGGGAGGGGGAAAAAAGGGAGGGGAGGAGGAGACACCUUUUUCUUUUGGGUUACUCGUUCGGUUGCAGCCUCUCCAGGUCGGGCAGAACUCGAAUCAAACAGCAGCAACAAAGAACAAACCUUGAACCAAGUCUCCAAGAAGUGACAGAAGAGCUUGCCCAUGGUGUUGUAAAUCUUCUUCAUACUUGAAGCUUCUUUUUUUUGGGGGGGUUGUUUUUCCCCCCCCCCUCACUUGUGUUCUUGGGUUGUCGUCCACGCCCACGGAGGGGAAAAGAUGCUGGUGCUGGCGAGACCUGUGGCCUUCAUGGAUUCACUGCCCAGCCCCAACGUCCCCUCUGCAGUGCUGGCUGAGCAGGGAGGUGGGAAUUGCCACCCCUGCUCCGGGGUCUGGCUCUGCCAAGCCUCCCCCUGGCCCCGUGCUCACCCGACCUUCCUCCUCCCCCCUCCUUCCUCUCACUCUAAUUUAUGUGUGUAAGAAUCUCAAGUGCUUUUCUCCUUCAUGCUCUGUUUAAAAUCAGGGAUGCCAUGCACUGGAAGAGAGACCAAGGCCUGCUCUGAGCAGGCAGGAAAGCAUUGCUCUUUGGUUGUCUUAUGACUGUUUGCUGGACUGAGAGGUGCUGGGGGGGGGGAAACAUUGAUUUUCUCUGUUGGUUCUCCUCCUCCUCGUCCUCCUCCUCCUCCUCCUCCUCUUGGACAUGUGCAGAAGCAGCUGUGAAACCUCAUUUCCACGCUUUGUGUUUAUCCAGACGUGUCCCAACCACCUGUUUGCCCUUGGCUGCUCUUCCCAAGAGCUUCUGCCCACCAAGCCUUGCCCUCCCGCGCGCCGGGGAUAACUUGGAGCUCCUCUCCAAGGGCUGGAAGUGCUCCCCCCUCUUCCAGCACCGCCAAACAGGCUGGGAGGGCACAGGGACUGGGUCCCUCCUCGCUUUUAAAAGACCUGUUGGAUGUGUCCUUCCAUGACCCACGUCCAUUUUCCAGCCUCAGGGCAUGACUUUGCCCUCGGACGCUCUGGGAACACAGAGCUGGCACUGGAGCCUCUCCCACCAAGAGAAUUCGGAGUUUCUACCUUGGAUUCAAGUUUUUUUUCACAACUCCCAGGGCAGUGCAGGGUCUUCCACGCCAUGAUCAAAGCUCCUCUGGAUGCUGCCAGCCCGGCAGGAACAGCUCCAACGGGAAUGGGAAUAGGACACUGGAGCUGGAGUGGUUUUUUUGGGGGGAGGGGGGAUUUUUAGGUGUUUUCUUCCUUGAAAGCAAUUGUUUUAGUGCCAGUGACAAAGCCAGUCCGUGUGUUUGUGAGUGGAUGGUGCCUGUUUGUGAGUGUCUGUCACCCAGCACACGUUUUGCCUGCAGCCAUUGGAUCUCCUGGGAGCAGGAGAAGAGCCAAUGGAUCGAAGGAAACGACCCUUUCCAUUGGAGUUCCUGCUCCAUGGGAAGGAUUUAAUGAUGCUGUGGAGCAUCUACAUCCCUUCCCCACCCUGAGGUGGCAACUCUGUGUAAAAAACAGCUUUAUGGAGUGUACAGGAUGAACCUGAAGGAUCAUUAAUAUUAAUUAACGAGUGUUAAUUAAUACCCAAGGUGCCAUCAUUUUGCAGUUUUACCUCCAGCUUCUAGCACACCUUUUAAAAAUGGUGUUUCUUGGCACUCAAGUUUUGAGCCACAGAAGGUCCAAAUGCCUUUUCUCAGGGUGAGCUCUGAACAAACGUGUGUAAAAACCAUUUGGGGUUUUCUUUUUUAUUCCUUUUUAUUUGAUUGAAAGAAAAUUAUGCCCCCCUCCCCACCCUCCCCAUCCUCAAUCUGUGACAUUCCUCUGCAAAUCCAGUGGUUAAAUAUUCCACGGAGGGAAUGGAAUCCUCUGUGGGAUGGAGACUCUGCUCUCUGUGUGUGUGUGUGUGUGUGUGUGUGUGUGUCAAAAACCACAUUUUAAGUGGCUGCUGUAUAUAAAUGGUGGGUCCUGGUGGGGAGGGAGGUGUGAGACCCCCCCCAAAUCCGUGUUUUGAGAAAGGGGGAAUUUCCAGCUGGGCAUUGGUGAGACAGGGCUGGAUCCUCCAGCUCCAGAGGGAGACAGGGGCACGUGCAGAGGAAGCUGCUAAUUUUCUCUCGAAUGCCACUCCAAACGAAGCCAGGGGUCACUGCAAAAAAAAAAAAAAUUACAACAACCCAACAGCUAAACAAAAAAAACCCCACAAAACAAAAAAACUCUGUCUGCUUUUGCUGGGGCUUGGAAAUGCCUUAAAACAGGACGUGGUGUCCUCGUUGUGGAGCAUCUCAAACCAAGGUCAGGCUCAGCAAGUGCUCCUUUGGGGCCAUGCACUUAACUGGGGCUUUAUUUUUAAUAGCAUUUAUAACAUGUAUGUACAAACAAACAAACAAACAAAAAAA